CAUUGUUAACGUCAUUUUUUUAUAAAAUAAAGAUUAAUUAAAUUAAUUAAUCAAUUUAACAAUCAUUUAAUUAUGUAAAUUAAAGAUAAUGGAUAACAUAUAAUCACAAUUUAAUUAGAUAAUAUCAAACGUGGCCACCAUCGGCGUCUCUCUCAAGGUGCAAGUCAACUCCAUCGCCACUCAAAUUUCUUGUUCUUCACAUUAUUAACCAAAAGCCUCCUCCAAUCGCCAUUUUCCCUCAACUUUUUUUUAACCAAUUCUAAAGAAAUUUGAAAUUUCAUCUCCCCCAUUUGUUGAUGAUUACAAUUAUGGUAAUCGGGAAGAAGAAUCACGUUCUCACUUGCCAAUUUUUGUUACUUAUGUUGCUACUGUUACUGCUGCCGCCACCGCCGGCCGCCGCCCAAGAGGCCGGAACUGGAACGAUACCGGUAUCGUCGGAGCCGGAGGUAAGUAAAACCAUGGCGAUUGCAUUUGUCGCGCUGAUUUCUGGAUUCUUUGUCCUUGGCAUCGUCUCCAUUUACACGCGUCGCUGCAGAGAGAGGAGAAUGGGUGGUGUUGGAAUUGGAAUAGGUGGCGGAGGAGGAGGCGGCGGCGUGCCGUGGAGGCCGUCGCGUGGAUUGGAUCCGGCGUUCAUCGCGACAUUCCCGACUUUUGUGUAUUCGAAGGUGAAAGGGCUGAAAAUCGGAAAAAGCUCGUUGGAAUGCGCCGUUUGUUUGAAUGAAUUUGAAAAUAGCGAUAUGCUGCGAUUAAUCCCGAAGUGUAGCCAUGUUUUUCACUCGGGUUGUGUUGAUGCUUGGUUAAUUUCUCACUCCACUUGUCCUGUUUGUAGAGCUAAUCUCUGUCCUAAACCUGGUGAAGUAACAUUGUCGAUCUUUAACUUCGAUCCAUCCACCGGCUCAGAAAGAAUCGGACUCGAACAGUCGCCGACGCCAUCGCCAUCCCCGCCACCAAACCACGUGACAAUUCCGGUGGUAGAAGACCGCCGUGCGGCAACGGAGACGACGAAUGUGACGAAUCCGAGUCCAGUGGCGAACUGGAGUACUCCGACGCGGUCGAGGUCGUUGGGAUGGCGGUUGAGUGAGAUAUUCCAACGCUCUAACUCGACCGGUCACGAGCGGUUCACUUUGCGAUUGCCGGAGGCGGUUCGGAGCCAGCUGCUGAACUCGACUUUGAACCGGACCAGAAGCUUGGCAGAGUUGCCGAGAGUGCAGAGUUCGCGACGGGGAUAUCGGGGUGGAACCGGGGAGUCUGGUGGGUGGAGGAAGUUUCUUCAACGUAAUUUUUCGUUGCCGGCGCCGUUAGUCGGAAGGACUGCCGACAACGGGCGCUAUCCGGUGGAUGAGGAUUUAGGCGAACGGUCGUUUGCGCGGCUGACGUCGCGUGGAAAUGGUCCGAGUACAGCGGCAGAAUAGCUUUAGCAUUCGUAUGAUUUGGGGUUUUUUUCCUUUUUGGCAUUUCUCAAAGAAUGAAAUUUGUAAAUAUACAUUUGAAAUUUUUCUAAA